AUGUCAUCUGAAAAGUUAAAAGUUAAACAUAGUUUACGAGCAUAUUUUUGCUUGAUUCUUUUAUUCAUCAUUAAUUUAAUUAACUAUAUGGAUCGAUUUACUGUUGCAGGCGUUUUAACACAAGUUCAAACAUUUUUUGCAAUUGAUGAUAGCGGAGCAGGUUUAUUGCAAACAGUAUUUAUUAUAUUUUAUAUGAUAAUUGCACCAUUUUGUGGUUUUCUUGGUGAUCGUUGUAAUCGUAAAUGGAUAAUGAUUAUUGGUAUAGCAAUUUGGAUUAUUGCUGUUAUGGCAUCAUCAUUUGUGCCUGCUAAUCUAUUUUGGUUAUUUCUACUAUUACGAGGUGUUGUUGGUAUUGGUGAAGCAUCAUAUGCGACAAUUGCGCCAACAAUAAUUGCUGAUAUGUUUUCAGCAUCAAAACGUAGUCGAGCAAUAAUGUUUUUCUAUUUUGCUACACCAGUUGGAAGUGGUCUGGGUUAUAUCGUAUCAUCGAAUGUUUCAUCAUUACUGGGUGGUUGGCAAUGGGGUCUUCGGGUGACACCAAUGCUAGGUAUUUUAUGUAUCCUAUUUAUUAUUGUCGUUAUGAAGGAACCAAAACGUGGUGAAGCAGAAAGCGCUAUUGUUAACAGUAAGCAGAAAACAUCAUAUUGGGAAGAUAUUAAAGCAAUUUGUAAAAUACCAACCUAUGUUUAUGCAACACUUGCCUAUACAUCAGUAAUCUUUACAACGGGUACAUUAUCAUGGUGGGGACCGACAGCAAUUGAACAUUCUAUCGCUAUGAGACAAAAUUUGAAUAAUACUCAUGAACUUAGUAAUGAGCAAAAAAAUAGUAUAUCACUCAGUUUUGGUAUUGUAACAGUAGUUGGUGGAAUUUUGGGUGUUUCAGCUGGAACAAUGUUAUCACAGUUAUGGUCACAUGGUAAAUGGUGCUUUAAACCAAUUAAAACAGUUCGUUCCGAUCCUUUAGUAUGCGCAAUUGGUUCAUUAUUUGCUAUACCAUUUCUUUUUAUUGGUCUUCACAUAUGCGCUACAAAUAUCACUCUUGCUUGGAUGUUUAUCUUUUUGACAGUCUUUUCAUUAUGUUUAAAUUGGUCCAUUAUUAUCGAUUUACUUCUUGAUAUAAUAGUACCACAACGACGAUCAAUUGCAAAUUCAUGGCAAAUUCUAAUAUCACAUUUAUUUGGUGAUGCUUCUGGACCAUACAUUGUUGGAUCGGUUUCUGAUUGGAUACGAGGCUCUGAUAAUAGUCCAGCAGCAUGUUUUCAAGCAUUAAUUAAAGCAUUUUUACAUACCUAA